AUGUAUAUGUAUUAUACGGGAGACACACACCCACGUUAUACCCGUAAAAAGCCAAAGGAGCCAGCAUUGAUUGUGAGGGUCCCAGAUGGUCGAAGAGUCAUGGUGAUUGGGGAGGGCGAAAAGCCUUAUGUGAAGCGUAUGGACAAUGCUUAUCAGCGUGCACGUAAAUUAUGGAAACUACGCCAAAAAGCAGCAAAAAAUGCCGAAAAGAAUGACAAGGAUGCUUCAAAGACGAUCAGCAUGGAGUUGAAACCUAUGGAUAGUACCAAGAUAGAUGCAGAGCCAAAGCAGCAGCAGCAGCAGCCCGAACCACCUGUCAAGUGA